AUGUCAAAAAAAAAAGAAAAAAAAUUUCAAGAAUCAAAAAUCUCCACAAGAAGUUAUAGAUCAACAACCAUGUUAAGACACCAGAUACGAAGAAUAACAACUGCUAAUAGACUAUUAGAUGAAUUAAAAACUUCAAAAGAUAUUGAAAAAUUUCUUAAUAAUUCGACAUGGUCAAUCAAAGAAUUACUACAACAACCUUUAACAAAUACAACUACGAAAGAAGUUUCCUCUGAUGUGGUUACUAAAAUGUUGAAACUUUCAGGAUUGAGUGAUUCACAAGAUAUUCAAAAUAUUAGAAAAUCAUUAAACCUUCAAAUGAUGUUUAUAAAUCAUUUAUACGAUAAACUGGGUAAUAAUGCUGAGAAGAAAGUGAAUGAUAAUAAUUGCAUGUUCAGAUUACUAGCUAGUGAUCAUAUUCCUCAACGUCCAUUGGAUCUAGAUACGUUAAUGGAUGAAAUAAAUAAGUUGGAACCAAGUGAAGAAAAAGGGGAGAUUGGAUUUGGAAUUAAAGAUCUACAACGUGAUUCAUUUGUUAUAAACAAGAAGUAG